AUGCGCUCGGAUUUGCGGUGCUUCUAUAUCCUCUACGCCGCACGCUACAUUCAGGCUGCAGUGACCGUCCUGCUAGAACCGAAGAGAAAGGACUUCUUAGAGAUGAUGGUGCAUCAUAUCGUUACUAUUGGCGUGGUUUAUGUGUCUUACUUUGGCGGCUGGAACCGAGUUGGAGUCGUUGUCAUGGUUCUCUUAGAUCCAGCAGAUGUGCCAUUGCAUUUGGCGAAACUGUGCAAAUACACCUCGGAAGCUUUGCAGAUGAAUCUGUGGCAGUUCUUUGCCGAUCGGCUUUUCGAGUUCUUCGCCGUGCUGUUCUUCGUGACUCGCCUUGUGAUGUUCGGGUACGUGUGCUGGUCGGCCCACUUCGAGUCGGCACAGUACUUUGACGUGAACUACGCGGCCAAGUUUUGUAUUCUUUUGCUUUACCUCUUGAUGGUUUUGCAGCUCUAUUGGUUUGGCUUGAUCCUCAAGGUGGCCGUGAAGCUGAUGCGAGGACAAGGAGCCGAGGACAUCCGCUCUGACGACGAAGAUGAAGCUCCGAAGAAGAAGGAUUAG